ACAGGCACAUCCCAUUCUUACAGAGAGGGGGACCGCUAGAGACACUCGCAGUGUCCAUGUUUUUCCGUGUCAUCCCCGCACAUAGCCUGCGUGACUCGUAACACCAGAAACGCGUUGCUGAUAUAUCGAAGGGAAUUUUUACACUGCUGUACGUUGAAGAACGGAUCCUUGGAAGCGACGCAAAGCAAAUUGGCAGCGACUCUAAAAAAUAUUCCUCUAAAAUAUGUGGCCAAGAAGCAUCCACUGAACGAGCAGUUACGCGCAAAUUACUGCGAAAAGAUUUUUGUUCGCUUUUUAAGACAAGUGACGGACAUGAUCUGCAAUCCCAACUCGUUUUGCCCCUGAAGGAACUGAAGUGAGAAUAACUUGAAGAAGAAGUUCUCCAGCGAGCCGCCGGCUCUGAAGCUCUAAACGGACAGCAGCAGUUUUCUAACCCGCAUUGAAAGCUGCAUAAUCGAGGCGAGACGGCGACCUCAGUCGAUUAUCUUUCCUUCCUUUGCUAUCCCAUGGAUAUUCACUGCAAAGCAGACCCAUUCACGGCGAUGCACCGGCAUGGGGGUGUGAACCAGCUCGGAGGGGUGUUUGUGAACGGCAGACCCCUACCUGACGUGGUUCGGCAGAGGAUCGUGGAGCUGGCACACCAAGGGGUCAGGCCGUGUGACAUCUCUAGACAGCUCCGGGUCAGCCAUGGCUGUGUCAGCAAAAUUCUCGGCAGAUACUACGAAACCGGCAGUAUUAAACCUGGAGUUAUCGGCGGUUCCAAACCAAAAGUGGCCACUCCAAAAGUUGUGGAUAAAAUUGCAGAAUAUAAGCGGCAGAACCCCACCAUGUUCGCCUGGGAGAUCAGAGACCGACUUCUUGCCGAAGGCGUCUGUGACAACGACACGGUUCCAAGCGUAUCCUCCAUCAACAGGAUAAUAAGGACCAAAGUUCAGCAGCCCUUCCACCCAUCUCCAGACGGGACAGGAACUACCCUCACCUCAGCAGGACACACUAUAGUGCCUAGCACAGCCUCUCCACCUGUAUCAAGUGCUUCGAACGACCCGGUGGGCUCCUACUCCAUCAACGGCAUCCUCGGAAUCCCUCGCUCCAACGGCGAAAAGAGAAAACGCGAUGAUGUUCUCUGGAGUGGCAACCACUUGGAUGGGAGGAAAAUAGGAUAUUAUGGCUCAGAUGGCUCUGGCCCAAAUAGUGAUUCUCAGGGUAGUGUGGAGAGUUUACGAAAGCACCUGAGGGCUGAUGCCUUCACUCAGCAGCAGCUGGAGGCUCUGGACCGGGUGUUUGAACGGCCAUCAUACCCCGACGUCUUCCCAACAUCUGAGCACAUCAAACCAGAGCAGGCUAACGAAUACUCACUACCAGCACUGAACCCCGGACUGGACGAGGUCAAGCCCAGCCUAUCCACCAGCGCCAGUUCCGAACUGGGCUCCAGCGUUUCCCAGAGCUACCCAGUAGUGACAGGUCGAGACAUGGCCAGCACGACUCUCCCAGGUUACCCCCCUCACGUCCCCCCCACUGGACAAGGCAGCUACCCCACCUCAACACUUGCUGGAAUGGUUCCUGGAAGUGAUUUUUCUGGAAACCCCUACUCCCAUCCACAAUACACAACCUACAAUGAAGCAUGGAGGUUCAGCAACCCUGCACUAUUAAGUUCCCCUUAUUAUUAUAGUGCCGCGUCCCGGGGCUCGGCCCCUCCCACUGCUGCCACUGCCUAUGACCGCCACUAGUUACCAUGGCAACCACAUCACUCUGCAGCAACACAACCAUGACCCACGUAUCGCACCAGUUUGAACAGUGUUACAGCCCAACGUGGACAUUCAGCGUGGCUCCACCAUCUUCAGUUUUGCAGAGUCAGACUGAGAUUAGGAGGGUCAAGCAGCCGUGAAUUUCCCCUCCUGCAUUUUCCUUGAUGCCCCUCACUUCAAUCAUCGAUGUCUGAGCCCCUGUUUUUCAACUCGCUGAACAAUGACUGUAAAAUUUCCGUAAAGACUCUGAAAGAUUAUACAAAAUCUAUAUAUAUAUUAUAAGAUAUAAAACAAGACAAACCGUGUGAAAAAUACAAAGUUAACACGUGAUUUUUUUUUGUUGUUGUUGUUCUUAUUUGUUUCUUUUUUCAUCAAUCAUUGCAUUCCUUUACAUACUGUACGUAGUACCAUCAACGAAGGAUUUAAAAAGGCAAUUUUGGAUUGUGAUUUGCCAGUGUCUAAACCUCUCAUGGACAGCUCAGUUAUACAAGAGGUGCAGUUAUAGGAAAGACAAGCACUGCAGUUUAAAGCAUCAGCACGAAAGCUCUGUUGUACUGACCAGUUCAGCAAUCAGAUGUUGUGACGAUAUCAAAAGGCUUACAUCAUGUGCUAUGAGACACAAUCAUUUGUAAAAGUCUGAAGUAAGAAUAAAAAGGUAAUGAAUGGCCUGAAGAUAAAUUAAUUUCUUGGGUUACAUUUGGAGCUGUUUUUAAUUUGACAAUUUCUCCCUUUUUUGUUACAUUUUUAAGAUUAUGACAGGUUUCUGUUCAGGUGCUACAUCAUAAUCAACAUCAUGCUUUGCUCCUUUUUGCACUAUUUAAUUACAAAAUGUUUAUGAGGUCAGUGAGCAAGCAACCUUUGUCCAAUGAUUAUGUAUAAACAUGUAAAACUCUUUCUAUAUUGGACAAAACAACAGAAAAAAACUGACACCUUUAACUGUUGCUUCAACUCAUAUUAACUGCUUUUGUUUUCUUUUUGUUCUUGUUUCAUGAAUGUUGAGAAAAAACAUGUUCUUAUGACAUAUUACUGGGCCAUUAUCCUCUGUACUAAACAGAGUCUAACUGUUAAAUUAUUUGUAUUAUUUUUACAUAAACUACUGCUCAUGUUAAACAGAAGAUUGUUCUCGACUCUCAUGUCAACAUACGUUACACUCCUAGUACUGCCUUACAACGUUUUAAAGACGUGGGUGAAAACUGGCUCCAGUCCUGAGAGGUAGAUAUGCAAGUAACACAGCUUUUGUGUAUUAGAUCAAUAUUUCUCGGUGGGACAUUUCAAUCCGUGAAAAAAAACACCAUCCAUUCCAUUAUCUCCUGAAAAUGUAAAGUGAAUGUAACAUUUGCCAAAGACUUAGUUUGAUAUUUAAUAUUUUAUUUGCAGUAUCUGUAUGCAUUAAUAAAGCAGUAUUAUGUUUAAUAGUAGUCAACACUGAUUCUAUGUGGUAAUGUUAAACAAAACACAACGCUCCAUCAACUGCACAUUACAGUGUACACACACAAUGUGUAUUCCGUUAGUCAAUGUUACGUCAUUUGCAACAAAUUGCUGCUUUGUAGAAUUUGUGUAUAAUGUGAAGACAAUUCUUCAAUGUGUAUAUAAGAUCAUCUACA